AUGGCCGACAACGUCGAGGCUCAGGAUCCCCGCUCGGUCGACGAGACCCCCAUCUCCCCCAUCCUUCCCAACCACGUUCGGAAGAACUCACUGGAGCACCAUCUCACCCACCGCCCGGAGCGCGCCGAGCUCGUCGAGAAGAAUAUUCUCCCUGCUUCCACAGCUGCGCCAGGCCUCCAAGCGCAUCAGAAAGAGCUCCAGAAGCACAUGCUUGAAGACAAGCUCAACGACAAGAUCUCGCACCGCCCCGCCCCCGAGGAGCUCAUCAAGGAUGGUGUCCUGCUCAAUGAUCCACGCGCAGCCGAGAAGAAGUGA